AACCGCGCGCUCGCUUUGAACCUCCAGUUUAUGGCUAGCUAGGUCUGGAGUACUGCCAAUUUCUGCAGCCUUCACUCGCACAGGCCCGCAAUUCCACCGUCCACGAGACUUCAAGAUGGAUAUCAAAAUGCCUUGGUAAAAGACAAGAUGUCAUAGUUUAUGGUCGCGCUCGAUGGGAUAUCGAUUUUGACAAGCGACAUGCCCGGAGCCACCAGGAUUGGCAGGAAUACACGGCACCAAGCUGCCUUGAAUCUAGAUACCGGUAAUCGCAAAGUGCUUGAUACACGCGCGCGUGGUCCCGUGAAGCCAAGGGCUUUGCUCGGGCAAGAUCAAACUCCGAACAGGUGAAGUCGGCCCCGGAGCCGACGGCGUUGCAUCCGCUGUUCACACCAAACAGAAAAGCAGCAUCUAUUCGAGAUCAACAAAUAAGAGUUACUGAGUAGACUAGUGAAGACCGCCCGCCACGUAUUCUGGUAAUUGCCAGACUCUCGAUCUUGAAUCUAUCGGAAUCACCCAGCUCUCCGUCCCAUUUAAUUUGUGUUGGACUGCUGGAUGUGGUUGGUUGAUCAAGCAAUUAUUUGGCGAUAUCUGUCAGCUUCUUUCGUGUGAAUGAACAGCCGUCGCAGUACCGUCCACGACACUGCUUCACCCGUAUGUUUGGUAAUCACAGCCUCUGCGACUUGCAGUUUUGGAUGGCAUUGUAAGUGUACAAUAGAUCAGACUUGUUACCCUUGACUUCAUGGUAGCAGUAUUAUUUCAAGUUCUGCCUGCUUACACACACUAGUGCAGUUCUGACCAAGCCAUAGGCAAAGUGCACCUCUGUGAGACUUAGUGGGAAGUGCAAUGCAAUGGCUUGAGAAUAAGCUCCCUCGCACAUACUGAGAGCCGUCAACACAUGACCAGCAGUUGCGGGAACAAAGAAGAUGGAGCCGCCGGUGAAUAAGAUCAGCACCAAAAAGAAGCCCCGGACGUGCCAGCGUUGCCGAACCCACGGCACAGAAGAGCUAUCCACUGCCACGCAUCGCGGUAACUGCCCAUGGAAAGACUGCAAGUGCAUGAAAUGCGAGGCUAUCCAGAAAGAGAAUGAGCGCCACGCGCUCUACAACAAGAGAAGGCGAGCAGAUCGGCAAGGUGGGAUCUAUAAAGGUCCCCGAGGCUAUGUCUUGGAUCAUGCGAACAAAUUCAUGCCCCAUUUUUCUCCCCAAGUGCCAGACUUAUCACGCUAUAGGAUGAAGCCGGACAGAUUGAUACCGCCUGACCCACCACUGGCAAUGCACAGAGAGAUGGUGCCAGGACCUCCGACUUCAGACUACACCAGAUUUAUCCAACGUCCUCCACAGCCGCCGCCAUCUCUGCCACACCGUCCGCAACAUCCUCAACACCCGUAUCCCCUGCCGCAGCAUUACAGGGAGGGGUAUGCAUUGGCAAGCGAAGGAGCCAGUCGUAUGCCGCCUGGUCCCGGCCCGAUGCAAUCCAUAUCGCCGGGUGCGGCACACCACCAUUCACCACCGCAAGUGAAGCCUGGCCGACCGUACAACAUGGGUGAGUACCCGCCUCAGCAAGAUAGUUACUCCAGGCCGUCUUACGCAGCUGUGCCCCUAGUGGGUAACUCACGACCUGGCCAACAUAAUCCACAUCAUGGCCGGGCUGCAGAUCUGGAUGACCCACCAGCCGAUCACACAAUGCUAUCAGAGCAGAGGCAGCGGUCAUCAAGCCUGGUUGAAAGCCGAGAUCUGUAUGAUGUGGGUAUGCGUCAUGCUCGAGACCGGAGUCCUCACCAUCGUACGGCAUCUUCAAGCGGGUUAUCACCCGUUCGACGUGCUGAAGACGGCCGCGUGGAAGAGCAUCCCUACACAUCGCCCCCACCCCUGCAGCCCAGUCAAUACCAAGCGGAAAUGAAAGCCGCAGAGCAGCAGGCCCCGGAACAGGUGUGCGAAGACCUCGAGUCCGACGCGCAUGACGAUACGCCGCAGCCAGAACUGCCAGACCGGCCGGCUAGCAAUGCAGAUCUGCCAUGGAACGUAAACACAAAGACUUCAGCUACCGCAUGUGGCCUGGUGCAGCUAUUAGAUCAAAAUCCCAACGUAGACCACCGCAUAGCAUUCAUGUAUCUAACAAGUUGUGGAGGAGACGUCGCCAAGGCACAUGAGGCUCUUCAGGAAGUCAGCAAAUGCAUGUCCUCUGAUGCGUAUGGUAGCUCUGCCUCGUCUGACAUUGAAGUUGAUGACGUGGAGGACCGGUAUCGCCGCCUAACUUCACAGUCCCGGAAUGGAUACCGCCUCAACCGGCCCGGCCAAGCAUCAGAACGAGUAUUGGACAGGUGGUCAAGCUCUGCAUCCUCUCCGGAACGGCAACGCUCGGUAUCACGAAGUCCGCCUUGUAGGAAAGGUAAACGCCGCUGCUCUACAUGCAAGACUUGGUUUUCUAUUGCCAGGGCCAAUAACACUGUGUUCUGCUCCCGCCACAAGCAGCAUGCCAACGCCCGGGAAAACCGUAGAUGACAAGACAAUGACCUCGUUCAUGCAGCUGGACUGUAUUUACGUUCAAAUAGUGUCGUUCGCAAAGUGGCAAAUGACGUCAGUUGUUCGUCUCAUUGUGAAUGAGCUCUUAGUCUAUUCUGCCGUUAUAAGCAAGAGAGCGGUGUCAGAUGUUCUUGCGGCCUCCGUUGCCUCUUCGAUAAGUCAGACAAGAAAAGUGUGCUAUUAAUUAUUAUUGUUAGGUGAUGGUCUUCCUGAUCCGAAAAACCUUCGGAUAUCGGGAUGCAACUUCUUCGGCUUGAUUUAUAAUUAUGUCAAAUGUUCUAUUUGAGUUGGCAAACACACUGCCAUAUCCGUUGGUACUAUUACCUACCCAACCCUCUGCAUGGAAGCAUUGUUACAAGUUGCUGCAGAUAUUCUACCAGUGAGGAAUGAAGCAAUCCACUAUUUGGUGAACACAUGACGCCAUUAGCCAUGA